CUCUACAUAUAACAAAUCAAACCCUUUUUUACAACUUUUUUUUCCUCCAAAUUUAGUCAUGGAAAAUCAUCCUUUCACUAGUAAUUCCCAUUGUUAUCAUCCUUUUUCUAACAAUUUCCACGAAGAAACACCUAUAUUACCUGUUCAUCAAUCAGUCGAUAAUUUUCACAGUAAUCCAAAAAGGAAAAGAAGUAAAUUUGUUAAAAUUGGUGGUGACGCUGCUGCUGCUGCUUCUUCUUCUUCUGGUAUAAGUAAGCCUAAAAUUACCAAAAAGCCACCAGACCCAACUGCGCCCAAAAUUACUCGGCCUUGUACGGAAUGCGGGAAAAAGUUUUGGUCAUGGAAGGCGCUUUUUGGUCAUAUGCGUUGUCAUCCUGAACGACAAUGGCGUGGUAUUAAUCCCCCUCCUAAUAUUAGGCCGCGGCACGAUGUUAAAUCUCGUGAUUUUGUUGAGACUAGUCCUAGAAAAAACCCCAAAUCGGUUUUUGAUGCGAUUGUGACCGAGGAGGAUCAGGAGAUCGCCUCGUGCUUGUUGCAAUUGGCUGGUGGAUCAUCAGAAUUACCAGAUAAUGAAAAUGAAAAUGAAAAUUUUGGUGUUGUUACAUCAGAAGAUCAACAUUGUUCCUCUUCUUCAGGCGGAGGAGGAGGGAAGGAUUUUCGAUUCGAGUGUUCGGGUUGCAAGAAGGUUUUUGGAUCACAUCAGGCAUUAGGUGGACACAGAGCGAGUCAUAAAAACGUGAAGGGUUGUUUUGCUUCAGGUACUUCAGGAUUAACACAAGCUGUUAAUAAUAAUUUGGAUCUAAAUUUUCCUCCUUCAGUUACAUGUCAUCAUGAAGAUCACCAUGAUUCUUAUUCCUCCGGUUCACCCUUGGAUUUGAGGUUGAAGCUAUAACUAUAUAUACAUAUUAUACGCCUAAGUGUAUAUAUAAUUAAUUAAUUAGUUACUGGGAUAUUGCUAUAUUCUAGAAGCUAUUAGCAAAUUAUACAUUUGUGGUUGCUACUGUU